ACGGCCACGGCUGAGAUCCGCCAACGGAAGCGCUCGCCCUGUCCCCAGUCCCCACGCUCUUUUCGCUGCUGUGUCCAAUUAAUCCAUUUCGACCCUCCAAAGCAAAAGCAGAUCGAAAUCCUAGGGUUACCACACCCUCCCGACCUCCAUCCCCAUCGUCCGAUCCGAUCCGACCCCUCGCCAUGGCACAGCACGACGGCAAGCCGUAUCAGCCGCGCCGGGGCCCUGAGCGCCCUCCUUCGGCCCCGCAGCCGGCGGACGACGCCGCGCUGGGUGCCAGCGCUGUGGACCACCUCGCGGCGGCGGCAGCCGAGGCGGAGGCGAUGAACAGGUUCGACGAGGAGCAUGAGCAGCAGGAAAUGGAAGAGGAAGACGAGGAAGAGGAGGAAGUGGAGGAGGAGGAGAUGGAGGAGGAUGACGACGACGAGGCUGAGGGGGACGGGCAGCUGGAUGGCGGCGGCAACGGGGAGUCCGUCCCGAUGGACGCUGCCGCCGCGGCCGCUGCAGCUGCCGCAGCGGGUGUGCCGUUGGACCCGCAUGGGGCGAUGGUCGCCGCGAACGCCGCGAACGCCUCGACCAACCAGCUCACCCUGUCGUUCCAGGGGGAGGUCUACGUUUUCGAUUCUGUUUCCCCUGAUAAGGUGCAAGCGGUACUUUUGCUGCUCGGCGGAAGGGAGCUGAACCCAGGCUUGGGUGCCGGAUCAUCUUCAUCAACGCCUUACAGUAAGAGGUUGAAUUUUCCACACCGGGUGGCAUCGUUGAUGAGGUUUAGGGAGAAGCGGAAAGAGCGGAACUUCGAUAAGAAGAUCCGGUAUACCGUUCGGAAGGAGGUUGCGCUAAGGAUGCAGCGCAAUAGAGGUCAGUUUACAUCUUCAAAACCAAAGCCUGAUGAAGCAACAUCAGAAUUGGCAACUCCAGAUGGCUCCCCAAAUUGGGGAUCUGUGGAAGGUCGGCCUCCGUCUGCUGCUGAGUGCCAUCAUUGUGGUAUUAAUGCAAAGAAUACACCUAUGAUGCGUCGUGGACCUGAUGGGCCAAGAACAUUAUGCAAUGCUUGCGGUCUCAUGUGGGCCAAUAAGGGCAUGUUGAGGGAUCUAGCAAAAUCUACUCCCACUCCUCUUCAGGUUAUGGUAUCAGCUCCAAAUGAUAGUAAUGGAAAUGCUGUUGUAGCACCUGCCGCUGAACAAGAAAAUCCCACAGCAGUGGUCACCAAUGGUCAUGAGUCUUCAACAUGAGUGGGGUGCUGCUCAUUUUAACUGGGACCGGAACAUCAUCCUUGAGUGAACCUCCUGUGUAGGCCAACUGGUUGUACUAUAACUUGAGAGUGGGGGACUGGUAGGUUUAGGUUUUAUUAGAUGCUACAAUGUUUUAUCUGAUGUAAUCAUGCUUACAGCCAUUGUUGUGGCUAUAACAAUUUUCUUUCUUGUCUGGGUCGCGAAGGCCGAGAGAUGUUGGAGCUUGUCGCUCCAGCGUGAAUAACUUUAUGUCCUGCAGUUACUUGUAGAUCUUGGAGUAGAUGUUGUAACCCUGUUUUAUUUGGAGUAGAUGUUGUGUUGUAACUUUGUUUUAUUCUUCGCGGCAGGUGAUCUAUUGCUAGUUGUGUGCCGUGUGCAUUUUUGCGAUA